GUCCAGCAUCCACCUACCCGACGAAAGUGGUACAAACCGCGACAUUCUAUCCACCGCUCCAGCCGCCACCAAGCCUACAGUGUACGACUUCGCUGCUGUUAAGAGAUUAGAGGCGCUCUCCAUGAUAACAUCUGUCAGAAUGAAGGCAUUAUCGGGCCAGUUCACGUUCUCUAGGGCAUACAGCCGCCUGCUGUAA